CCUGGUGCUGGCGCUGGAACGCCCCACUGGCCGGCCCACUGGCCAGGGAAGCCAGCAAGAAGAGCCUGAGGCUGCUGGGCCGGUCCAGCAAGGUGUGGGGCAGAGGGACCCCGGGGUCCGGGCCACAUGAAUGGACCCGGCCCAGGGGUUCUGGAAGCUGGGCCAGCCUGGCCCUCCUAGCGCAGGGGAAGAACCGGCGCCGAGAGCAGGGGGCGCCGAGCCGCCGCCGCUGGCACCGUGGUGGCCGGGAAGAGCGCCGCUGCCGGAAGGACCACCCCCGCCGCCCCCGCCUUUGCCAUUGCCGCGCCUGCCACCGCGCUUGCCGCGCUUGGAGGACCCCCCAUGCGUGGAACCAGGGGGACCUGCUGAUGCGGCGGUGGCUGUGGGGCGGGUGCGGGCGAGCGGGCGGUGGUGAAGCUUUUCCCACCGGAGCUGGUGAAGAGGGCGGUGGCUGGGGGCGCUUUCUCCAUGGUCAGUUCCUCGAUGCGCAGAUCGUCUCGAACUUGCAGGAAGCUGGGCAGAGGGUUGGUGCGCCGGAGGUGAAGACCGAUGGCAGUGAACCGCUCGUUGAGACCCCGGAUGAUGUUGAGGACGAGGGUGCGGUCGGAGAUGGGUUCACCGAGAUCGCGCAGGUCCUCCGCCUUGCGUUUGUAGAGGCGGCAGUACUCGGCGACGGGGAGGUCGCCCUGAGAGAAAGCGCGGAAGUCGGCGUCGGCGUAGAGGGCGCGCGUCGCCUGGUUGCCAAGGAAUUGAGAUUCGAUGGCGAGCCACAUCCGUCGGGCGGUGGUGUUGCGCUCGGAGAUGGUGUCGGCAAGGUCGUCGGAGAUUGUGCCGAGAAGCCAAGUCCGGACGACGCAAUCCAUGCGUACCCAGUCGGCGGAGGUGGGGACGGCGGUGUCGGAGAGGACAUGGCGGUUCAGGGAGUACUUUCCAACCGUGAGGAGGAAAGACUCGCGCCAGCGGGGGUAGAAGGUGGACGUCACGUCGUGGAGGAGCGGGACAAGGGCGCGAAUGUUUUGCACCGAGACGGCCUGCGCGUGGAGGUUGAGGAGCGCAGCGGCCUCAUGGUGGGCGAUGGCGUCGUAGUCCGGAGCGUCGGCGUCCUCGGCGUGGUCGGACAGGUUGUCGCCGUCGUCUGGGGGAGGAAGGUGGGCAGCGGCGCGGAUGCGAGCGUCGGCCGCGUCACGAUCGGCCUGAGCGAGGAGGGCUUCUUGCUCGGCGUCGGCUGCACGAGCGAGGGCAGCAUCACGCGCGGCCUGGGCGCGGGCGCGCUCCUCGGCGGCGGCGGCGGCGGCGGCGGCCUCGUCGUCUUGCAGACCUGCCAUGGGACGCGCUGGAGCAGCGUCAGGUGGGCGCGCUUGGAGCGGCGAUGAAGGGGCACAGCGGAGCAGCACCAAGCGGCGCGCGUGGAGCUGUGUGGGGGCGCGCUUGAUAGCAGCGCCAGGAAGAGCGGAAGAAAGGGGAAGGGCCAAGGCUGUAGAACCUAGGCGAAUGAUACCAUGAAAGAGUGUUGAUUCUCAAUGAAAUAGGAUUACAGGGAGAUUACAUAUAUAUAGGCCUAAGAGACCAAGGGUCCAUGGUGUGAACACACUACCAGGAGAGGUCUGGCCGGGAAUUAAACUAGCACAAGAAACUAGGGGGCUGCACAGGGAACAGGGAGAGAACCAUUCACACACGUAUUCUAACACUUAGUGUCACUUUUGUGCAAUAGUGUAGUACCUUUUCAAGCAAUCAUUAGUUAAUCAUUUAGGCAUUUUUUAGCUUGGUUUUUGGAGCAAGGUUUUGUUCAGGUUCAAGUAAAUAGCUUGUAUGUUUCAUGUUUGGUCUAGGACUCUAGGUUUAGCCUACAUAUGAAGCUUAGCUGAUUUUAAUGGAAUAAAAUAGGAUAAUGAUAAGCAGUGUGAGAAUGUACAUUCACAAUUAGAUUGGUUCAUGUGGUAAUAGAUAAAAUAAUGCUCGUGCUGAAAGAAUUUGCUCUCUAAAACAAAUCUUUUCUCAGAACAUGUGUAGCAAUUGUGGCACUUAAGUUUUCAUAGUAGCUGGCCCACAGCACCACGGUGAGAUUAAUUCCCUGUUCUGGAAGAAAUGUUUCUUCUAUCUAAAAUAAAAGAAUGUACCCUUCUAUCCAAAUCCAAUUUGCAUCGAUACAAUAAAUCCAAAUUCCAGAUUCCAGCAGUAGAUGAAUAAUUGUAAAUUUUUGUGUGUACGAGAUUAGAAUAACCUUUUAUUUUGAUUGGAGUGGCACAAAAUGUGUUCUGAUCCAUUGGUUGAUUUCAUGUGUUCCUUUUGAGUUGACAGAUCCACAACUAUUGUCGUCAUCACCUGCCAGUGAGAAGCCGGCUAAUCCGCCAUUGCCAAAAGCUACCCAUGCUGUCCCCAGGGCACCACCUAAGAGCUCUAAUCCCCAAAAGGAGAACCAUCCAAGGGAUUUAACUUUCAGUUUGGUAGUAUAAAUAUGAAUGGACUACUGACAUGAUUUUGUUACUCUUUUUCUUCUGCACCUCUGAAAGCUUAUAAAAUUUAAGUUACCUACCUGCAGCUAAGUUAAAUAAAUCUCUGUAUAGCAAUUUCCUGCUUGGACAAGCUCACUAAUCCUCUACCAUCCAGGUCCUUGUGGUAACUUUCUCCUAUGUACUUUGGUUUAUGUUCAAAGAUGGGUAAGUUCAAGAGAGAUUUCUGAACGAAAGUUGCCUGUUUAAACUGUCUAUGGUUAAAGGGAGUAUGCUUUAAUAUAAUAAGACAUUAUAUCAUACUUUUAUGACAUUGUUACUCCUUGCAGCAACCAUUUUACAACGUAAUGUUGCAUUUUGAUGUGGUUCUACCUAUCUCUUUGUGGUUGGGUGGGUUCGGUGGGUGGGUGCAGAAAUCAAAGACAUAAUUAAAACCCACCCAACAUCACAUCCUGUUCUGGUUGUCUUUCAAGGUUUAAUACUGUCAUUGGUUGUCACUGCUGCAUCAAUAUAGAGCUUUCUUUUCCCUCUGGUAGUAUUUGAGAUACACUUCUUUAGAAAAAAAUUAAAAGGAAUUGGUCUGAUAACAUGUCAUUAGCUUGCCAGUAGAUAUUUUAAAGUGUGAUCUAGUUCUGGCAUAACGCAUCAGUGAUGGUUUGGUGUUUUGGCCCCAGAGUGUUCUUGCAAUCUUCAUUGACAGCUUCUUUGUCAACAAGUAUAUCUGUUGUCAUAUUUUUUUUCUUUUUGUAAAAUGAUACAUACUUUUUUGGCUUAUUAGCUCAACAGUUUCAGUUGUUGGCUUGUUGUAACACGAAGCAAUAUUAUUAGAGGGCUACAAGUUCUUGUGCAUUGAUGGCACAACAAAGGUUUCUAAUCGGGAAAUGAUUGUGAAGGUUCUCUCCAUGAGCUUUGUGUCAUAUGGUCAGCCAUAUCUGCUUUGUUGCUUACAUGUACUUGCAUCAUCCAGGACUUCCAAGUAAGUAUCCUGUUGUCUAGAUCUUGAAGAUUUAGAAUGUCUAUACACUUUAGGUUUGGUUAACCUGUAUGAAUUUUUUAUAACUGUGACAGGCUAGGCAGCCUUGCUUAGAGGUAUUGCUUCAUUAAGAAUUUGUCCAAUUUGAAUCUUGACCUUAUAUGUAAAUAAACAGUUUAGAUGACAAGGCCAAAGGAUUUAUAUACCAUAUCUCCUUUUUCCUAAGUUCUGUAUGUUGUGGGCUACUGGUUGAGUCCAUUUAUUCAAAUAUGAGAAUGUUUAUCGUUUAGUUUUUGAAAUGUGUACAAUGUUGUAAUGUUUGAAACACCAGUUGUUUUAACGUCUUUAUUUGACUUCCAAUUUUGUAACUCUAUUCUCUCCUAUUCAAUAGGUUAAGAAUAUUGAUGUUGGUCUCUAUUGGUGAUCGAUGCAUGCCAUUCAUACUAAAUUACUAUUCUCAACAAAACUUAAAAUACUUAUCUCGUCUGUGAUGGGAGGCAUCUGGUCUAAUUUUAGAUGGUGUUGCAUUUACUUUUACUAGCAUCUGUAAUUAGUAAAAGGAAAUGCAGUAAUUUGGUUUAGGAACUAUACACAUUGUUAACUAUCAAGACAUUUGGUGUGACUCUUCAGUAGAUUCAGUCAAAUGAUGUGGUCCGUCCAAAUAAGCUUUGGCAUGCUAAUUGUUUGUGUGGCAUGCUGGUUCAGGAUCUCUGGAACUGGUGCAGCAAAUAAUAUUUACAAAAGUCUGAACUUUGUUUUACCUUAGAUUGGGUUAUGAACAUAUCAAGAAUAGUCAAUAUAUUUCUCUCCUUGCAAUUUUUAUAUUGGAAAAUGAACAAUAAAGAUUACGUCUGAAUUAAUAUUACAUUAUAUAUGUCUUUUCAUAGGAACAUGAGACUUCUUACCAGGUUGUAAUAGACUCAAACUGUAGCCAUUUGUAGGUUAACCUAGAGUGAUUCGUGAAGAUUAGUUUCUGGUGGUUGAUUUGAAAUUUUAUUGUUUGUAAUCUCUUAUGCUUUAUCUCGAUUACUUUCACUGCUUUCAAAGGUAGGAUAUUUAGAAUAGACUCUUGUUUGGUCGCCUUCCAAAGUGUUUGUGCUGUUCUCUACUUCCCGUCCCGCGUCGAGGCCCGAGGGCUCCAAGAUGGUCCAUUACCACAAGCGGCUUAGUGAAUCCGAGGGCAAGGUGUUUCUUUAGUUCUUUCUCAAGACCAACACUCUAUGCCACCAGGCUAAACCGUUCAUGCACAACAUGGAGAAGCUCGUCAAUGUCCAUGAUGUUAGAUGUACCCUCCACGACGUUAUCAAUUAGUUAUACAUUUUUAUAUUUUGAAUAUCACUUUAAUAUAUACAAUUUUGUAUCUUGAAUAUUACUUUAAUAUAUAGUUUUUUAAAAAUGCUCGUUGCAGCAAAAAUUUA